AUGGGUGGUGGACCUGGAGGGGGGCCCCCAGCAGGGGGCCCUAUGGUAGGGGUAGGGGGACCGCCGGGUAGACCCUCUAUGAUGAUGGGACCACCAGGUAUGAUGGGAACACCUUAUCCUGGGGGGCCCCCAUUCCCUGGUGGACCCAUGCCAGGACCGGCAGGCUAUCCAGGCGGACCACCAGGGGGCCCGGCAGGCAUGAUGCCAGGGGCAAGAGGAAUGAUGGGCAUGCCGGGGGGCAGACCAUCCAUGAUCGGGGGGGGGCCCCCAGUUCAGAAUAUCAGCAAAAGGGAAUCGCUGCAACAGCAACAGCAGCAGCAACAGCAACUGGUGCUGCAGCAACAGUUGCAGCAGCAGCAGCAACAGCAGCAGUUACUGCAUCAGCAGCAACAGCAGCAGUUGCUGCAGCAGCAGCACGUCUCAGGGAAGGGACACCACUUCCCAUGGAGGCGGCAGCGCACACAGCACCAACAACAGCAGCAGCAGCAGCAAGAGUUGGGCGGACUGGGUGGAGACAAAGCAGCAGCAGCAGCUGCUGCUGCACUAACAGCAGCAGCAGCAGCAGCAAUUGCUGCUCUGGUGGAGCUCUGA